AUGGGCUUGGAUCUAUCUAUUGCCGUCGGAGACCUAGAUUUGCUGGGCAGGUCCACUGCUGCUGCAGGUCAUGGUGAUGUACAAAUGCAGGUGUGGACUCUUGACCCAGCCUACUUCAGCUCGAGGCUAUUUCUUUCGACAGCGCCUAGUCCGAUUGCCCCUGAUGAAAGUGGUGUUUAUGACUGGAUGUGCAAUUUGCGUCUGCAGGUGCAGUUGGUACUUCGUUUUGCAAAUCGCUUUUUCCUGCAACUGUGGAAUCGUGACAACAUUGACAAUGUACAGAUUGUGUUUAGGGAGGAUUUUGGAACUGAGGGUCGGGGUGGAUAUUUUGAUGAAUAUGGAAUCAUUCGUGAUAUUAUUCAAAAUCAUCUAUUGCAGAUUCUUUGCCUCAUUGCUAUGGAGAAGCCUAUUUCUCUUACACCUGAGCAUAUUCGAGAUGAGAAAGUGAAGGUGCAUCAAUUAGUUUCUUAUGUCUUCUACUGAUAAUAUGUCGGUGGUCCCUUUCUAUCAAUCGGCUCAAGAUUGAAAAACUCUUGGAUGCCUUUUCUAGUAUGAGAGACAUAUCAAGAUUUAAGUAUUUCUUUUUUACUAUGGAAUGGAGAACAAAUGCAUGUAAAUGAAGGAGCUUUUCCCCUCGUCAUAUUGCUUUCAUUUUUUGCACUGGGGAGUACAAGGUGUUAUGCCAGUUCAUUGAUAGAGUGGAGAAACACCCGAGCAAGAAAAUUGAUGAGAAGAUUGGCCAGUUCUGGAUUGUAUUUUUUUCAUAAAAGAACUUUUUUCAAGUUUUUAGUUGUAAUAACUUUUACAUGUAGCUCAAAUUUUGAGACUCAAAUAGAAUGUUCAAUAAAACUAUAAUACUAUACUGUC